AUGCCAGACAUCGACACUGGAAACAUCUACGGUGACCUCUUCACAACUGACUCUGCCACAACAUUGACUUUCAAGGUGACGGGCUUGGUUCCGAGUAAACAGUAUGGAAUUGUUUGCUAUGGCCACAAGACAGGCAAACCAUGGCUACCAUUCUCGUGUUUGGGCCAGCCGAACGGGUGCGUGCCAAUCGUGUUCACCACAUACAAAGAUCCGGAAACCGCUGCUGUCGACGUCAAGAUCCAGAAGAUUGCCAGGUGCAACAAUGGUUGUUCCUCGCAGUGCCCGAACCUUGAGGACCCGAUCUACCGUACAACCUCGCAGCUUGGCACUGGCCAGGCUCUCCUGCUGACCUUGCACGAGCAGUUGUGCAACGAGGGCAAUGCGUACAACCCAGGCUACAUCGCGAACCUUGAGCUCGCGAUUUCCACCUGGACUCUGAGCACUUACGCCACGCUAUUAUGGGUGAACGAACAUGGCCAGGAAACAAUAGCACAGGACAUCAACGGUCCUCCAUGGAAUUGCAUGUUUACCAAGCAAAGUGCCACUGCUGACGAGGUACAAGAGCAUAAUGAUAUGCAAUUUCGGGUAUGUCCCCACGCGUACUACUUCGACAACCCUACUGACAAUCCUUGCAAGACGUACACGCUGCCCGUCACAUGCCUCGACGCUAAGCUGCUCGUCCUAUCCAUCGAAGUCGACCGUGGCAGUGGUGUCACGGAGUCGUUCCUGGUCGGCUCCGAGAUUAACGUGAGCAUCGGCACACACCUCGUUCUGGACAUGGACCUGAGCAGCAAUGUCAACAUAAGCCAGCUGAGUCUCAGCUUGGGCUCUUCGGAUGACGGCUUUGUCCAGCCCUAUAGCGCAAGCGGGGUGUUCAUUUCGUUCUCCGCCGAGGGCCAGGGCACGAAUCUGCCGCUCGUCAUCAGGUGGAACGGCAUAGACUUCGACAUGGGCUACUUCAUUGAAGACAUUUCUUUCUUACCACCUACCCUCACAGUGCAAGCAAUCUUCGGCGACAUGCUGCAGUCUAAUAAUCGGCCCGUCGUGGUUGCCACCCUCGGGCAUGUGCCCGUGACGCCCGCGGUGAUCGCGACCGCGAAGGUAGAGGAGUUCUUUCAGCUCACAGUGAAGAAGAAGGGCUCCUCGAAGGCCUCUCCGGGUUACUGCACUGGCAGCCAGGUGUUCACCGAUUGGACCGGCAUUCAGUGUACCCUCGAGCUGUCCGCGCUGACUGGCCUGGAGGUGCGGCUUGAGGUCCGCGACUACAAGUACGGUGCGAUGCUGGAGUCACCCGGGGUGGUGGUCGAGGGUAAAAUCUUGUGGGGUUUGCCCAGCCUGUCCUCGCUAGCGGCCAAGGACGAGGACGGCCAGCUGCAAGUCGGAAUCGUGGACCUAUCCAAGUUUUUGGCCGCCGACGGCCUCCCGGGGAAGCUUUACAUCGGGGGCUCCGGGUUCCCGAACCCCAGCGAUAUAUCGCUGGACGAGGCUGAGGUGAAAGGCUACGCGAUGUGGGUGUUGACGACCGCAGGGGCAUACCUCCCGCUGUGUGAUAGUAUCGGCUGGACGAGUACGUCCGAGCUCGAGUGUUACGCGGUGCGUUGCCUGGAUGUGCGCGACCUCACAGAAAAGCCCAGCAUCGUGCUGCAGCUGGGCGACCUUGUCACGACGCCUCCACUCACGAACCAGCUUCAGCUGCCGAAGCCCAGCCUGACGUCCGUCUACCCGACGACGGUAUCCGACGUGGGCAACUCUGAUUUCGUGGUCACGGGGACGUUCUUUGGUGUGCCUCUGGCGACGGGGGACGAUUUUGCUUCCGCCUGCCAGCAGUGGAAGGGGGACGGAGAGGCAGGGACGGGGGCGAUUCAGAUAUUCUCAGACGCCGAGGUGAUGGUCGGCAUUGCGCCGUGCACCGUGUCGUUCCAGAACGACUCUUGCGUCAUGUGCACCUCGCAGUCGGCGCUCAGGCCCCAGCGGAUGGCACCGUCGGCUGGGCAGCUGAUGGGCGCGAUCAUCAAGGAGCAAGACGUGGACGUCUCGGUCAUCGUUGGGGCUCGUCACAUGUCGGCUUACCCCCUGGAGGUCACGUCCCAGCUGUCGCUGUGCAACCCAGGCGAGAAACGCGUCAAGCCGGACGGGAUUGAGUGCGAGCCAUGUCCAGCAGGCAAGUACUCCACCUUGGCGACCGAUCAGUUUCCUCUCGAGUGCACCAAUUGCAGGGCGUACCAGUACCAGGACGAGCGUGGCGCCGUGAAUUGCAAGCUCUGCCCAGACAACACCGAGGCGGUGCCGCCAGCGUCAUCGAUAGAGGACUGCCGCUGCCUGAGGGGCUAUUAUUCCUCAUACUUCUGGACCGCCGACUCGGAUAAAAUCGUGUACGGGCUGCCUGGCAGGGCGUGCUCGAAGUGCCACGCUGAGGAGCUGACGGCCCCAGCUGUCAAGGAGGAACCCUGCAGCUCUGUCGUGCCCAUCGGGGAGCUCUGCGACCAGCCAGAGAAGCACGUGUGCGUCUCCGACGCUGACGGUUCGGUGCAGUACCGAGUCUGCCGGCUGUAUUGCGCUGGCGGCACGAUUCCACCGAAGUCGACGCCAUAUUUCUACAUCACCGGAGAGACGGUCUACGGUACCGUGGGCGACGUCUCCCGAUUCAAGCCCAUGAUGGUGUUGUGUGAGCCGAUGGAUGCUUGCGGCGCGGCGAAUACUUGCGGUCGCGGGUAUGGAGGCGUAGCGUGCGUCGAAUGUAUAUUCGGUUUUUACCGCGACAAGCUCACAAAUAUAAAAUUGCCUGCGCAGUGCGACGACAGCCAAAUCAUCGGGACUGUCAUAAUGCUGGCUGUGUGCAUCAUGCUUUCAGUCGGAUCGUUCGCUGGUGCCCUGCUUUACUUGAAGUGCUACGCCGACCCGAUCUUUUUCAACCAGAUCAAGAUUUGGGUUGCCAACCUAGUGGCGGUUGGUGCGGGAGUCUCCAAAGUGAACAACGUCGUUGAUUUUUUCAUGACCAAGCGCGUACGCAUCGAGAUGCUGCCGAAGGACCUGGGCGUAUACUACAAGUGGGUCCAGGACAAAGACUGCGGCAUCGUCUUCCGGUGUGACCCUGCUACGCGUACUGUAAACAUCGCCGGGGUUCGACCGUAUUCUCCGGCUAAACAUAAGGGCGUGAAGCCGGGUUUCGUGCUGAGGAUUCUAAAUGGGAAAGUGGUGCGUGCGGAUAGGGAGGAGAUGGUGCUCGCAGAAAUUGCGAGGGCGCGGCUUCCCUUAGUCAUGGUCUUCAAGGCGCCCAGGUUUGAACAAUCAGAAAUGGAGGAGGUGGACGCCGCCUCCACGGCAGAGGGCGGCGUGCGCGUCCUCACGAUGUCCCUGGGCGUGCUGCAGUCGUUCAAUGCCGUGGCCGGCCUCAAGCUGACGUGGCCGCCUCUGUUCCUCCAAAUCGCCGCGUUCCUCCAGCAGAUGCUCCUCAACUUCGACUUCUUCCACCCAGAGUGCUCCGUCGCCGCCCCGUUCUGGAAGAAGUGGGUCGGCUUUGUCGUGCUGCCGUACCUGAUGGUCUUUCCCAUAACGGUAUCUUUCUUGAUCGUCCGCUUCGUCUCGUUCCGCGACAGCAGGGGCGAGCCCGAGUUCAGAGACGUCCAGCGCUGGUUGCUCAAGAACGCGUGGCUUCGAUGCAUGACCAUAAUCGUGAUCUUUUUCGUUCAGUUUCACAUGCAGCAGCUGGUGCAACCGUUCGUCUGCAUCGACCGCGACGACGGCACCCGCGUCAUGGCAGCAGCACAGUCGGUGCAGUGCUCAUUCGAAGACAGAGAGUACUCUUUCGUUGCUACGGUUGGCCUCGCAUUCUGGAUGAGUCUCGCUGCCAUCCUCGCUGGGCUUCUCACCUGCCUCAACUGGAGCUACUACUGGCAGGCAGGAGCGAAGGUGCGCGACUACAUUCCAUGGUACGUGGCGGUGAUUCAGAUGGCCACCCAAGAGAUGAAAGGAUACAACGGCGAAGUACGAGACCGAGUCAUCACCAACACGGUGUCUGCGAAGACGUACCCAAGUCACAUGUACCAGAUGUCGAUCAUGGGCGAGGAAGACGUCAUCGAUGGGCAGGCCGUCGAGGUGAACCAGGGUGGCUUAGACACCGAGUUGUCAGGUGGCAAAAAGAAAGAUAUGUGCAAUGGCGCCCUAGAGGACGUGGGUAUGAAGGCGAGCGCGGGCGACAUAGACACUGCAGUAGUUGACGAGUUGUCGAAAAGCGGUAGUGGACAUCCACAGAAGAACGGGCAGCACGAGGUCAUGAAGAAGCACCGGUUGCCUGGGGAAGAGAUUGAAGACACUGUGCAGGUCUGCAGAAACACCAUCAAGAACAAGACGCAGUUCCGGCAUCCCCUAAGGUGGCCUGACACCGAGGAGCUCGAGGGCAACUUCCUCACCUAUGGGUGGGUGCUAGUGGCCAACACUUUCUGCAGGCAGUUUGUGCUGCAGGUCUCGGCCAUCUGGUCUUCGGCGUUCCCCCCGCUGGGUGCCGCGAGUCAGUCAGUCUUCUUCGUGAUUAACUACUUUGGCAUAAUCCUGUUCCGCCCGUACCUGUCACGGAUGGUUAACGUCCAGGAUCGGGGCUUCUCAUCGGUUGCCUGGCGGUCAUGA